AAAAGGUUUCAUAUGUUCAGUCGGUCCGCGAUCGUGCGGCGGGGCGGACGUAUGCUAAAGCCGCCCGGAGUUACCGCGAAAUAUUUGAAACAUUGCCGCGUUUGUGGAUGUGUAAAUAUUUUUGAACUUAUCUAAGCCAACAUAAGCGAGUGCUAUUAAAACUAUAACUUUAUGAGUAUCAGUCCAGACAUCAAUAAACCGAUAAUCGAUUGCACUGUAAUUAAAUUUUGUUAUUAUCCUCACAGACGUUUUAUAAUUAGUGAAUGUGUAAGACGGAUGUGUGUUUGUGUGUUUUACUUUUAUCAACUAUGUAGGUAGAAUACUAUACCUUUCAACCUAUUAGCCAAAAACUUUAGAAGUUAUUUAUCUAUACCUAUAACUAAGUGAACCAAUGUAGAUAUAAACCCGUCGGUCCAAACUAAGUGACUUAAAAACACUAAUAUCAAAACUAUAUCAACCAAUUACGUACCUAUUCAUAUCUAGAACCCAAAUAUCUAAAGAACUGUAAAUAUAUUUUCGGGAGUGAAAAUCGAUUCUGGUGUGCGGACCAAACUUUGGCUUGAUGUAAUUAUAUCUUAUUAGUGUAAAUAGUGUAGACUAUGACUAGUGACUAGUGAAAAUUUUGUGAUUAUUUGUGAAAUUUAUUAUCUGUAUAGCAAUAUUUACGCCUCGGCAACUUAAUUCAAGUUUCAAGCGUUAAGCGGCCUCAACGAAAUUUUAUCGAUUUCAACUAGACAACAUGUCGGUUCCGACAACCGACAGCACUGAAGCCAUCACAAACUCCGGCUACGGUAGCAGCGAUGAGACGGCCAGCUUAUUGGUAUCCGGCCCCUCCGUCACUGUCAUCGUCCCCUCGGAGAACAGAUCCGCCAAACCCGUACUACAGCGGCAAGACUGCACCACCCAUCUACGACCACAACUGUCCGGCGGUCCCGGCAGCGAGGAGUCAGGAACAUCCAUAAGAAUGGAAGAAGGAGCCGCUAGAAGCGUGCCAGACAUAGAACUUCAAUGUAGGGACCAAGUGUCAGACCGCCCGCAGACACUGGUGUCUCCCAUAGCAACCUGCUCGCAUAGGGGGUCAGUGACCGCCUGCCAGUUAGUGCCACACAUGUACGCUAGAUGUCGCGUUUGCGAGCGGAGACAAUCUACAGCGCCUAUGUCGGCGCUGCAGCUAGCGCGAUCUGUGUCGCGAGAAAGCGUUCGCUCAGGGCUGCACUACCCUUGCGGUUGCAACACGCUUCACGCUGUCAGCACUUGUCCGGUUAUACACCCGCCAGCCUUAUUGAUACCAGCAACAAGUACUAGAAUCAUUCGGCAGAGCUCUCAGCCUGAGUCUAGCGCAUGCGCGGCGCAUUGUCCUCACCACGCCCACCACCACCCGAGCGCCUCGCUGCGGCAGCUAAGAGAACCCGGUGACGGCAUAGCGGGCAUCGCAGCCGACUCCCUCCGAAUUAAUGGAGGGAUGCGACCCUUCAAACAGGGCCUGCUACUAUGUCCGCAAACCUUGUCGCAGACUCGACGGGCGCGCUUGCGACGCGCGUUCACUGAAGCGACCGGCGACACAGUUACCUACGUCAGAACGGCCUGUACAGUAACUCGGGAUCAAACAGCACAGCUGCGAAAGCCGGUGUCGACGCUCUCGAUCCCCGGCGCGAUGAAGGCUUACUCCGGCGGGCGGGACGCGUCCACAGAGGAGGCUGGGGUGGCGCUCGUUGGCGUACACAGCGAGUACCCUCGCUUCGGCGAGGAGCGGGCGCUCGGCGGCGGCACCUACAAGGGCGGGGGGGCGGCUAAGCACAAACCUAACAUAGGAUAUAGAUUAGGUAGGCGAAAGGCGUUAUUCGAAAAGCGAAAACGAAUAAGUGACUACGCACUAGUGAUGGGGAUGUUCGGUAUUAUAAUUAUGGUUAUAGAAAAUGAACUCUCAAGUGCCGGUGUUUAUACAAAGGCAUCAAUAUAUUCGCAGGCGUUAAAGACGCUUAUAUCAAUGUCAACUGUGAUCUUACUUGGCCUAAUCGUCGCGUAUCACGCUUUAGAAGUACAGUUAUUUAUGAUAGACAACUGCGCUGACGACUGGCGGAUAGCAAUGACGUGGCAGCGGAUAGCGCAGAUUGCACUCGAACUCGCCAUUUGUGCCGUCCACCCGAUCCCGGGCCAGUACACCUUCACGUGGACUACGAAACUAGCCAACAAAGGCGGCGUUAUAGGCGUUGAAGUUUUUCCUAAAAUUGGUACCUACGUACCGUACGACGUCACACUGUCGCUGCCUAUGUUCUUUCGGCUAUAUCUAAUAUGCAGGGUUAUGCUUCUUCAUAGUAAAUUAUUUACGGAUGCUUCGUCGCGAAGUAUAGGAGCCUUAAACAGAAUUAAUUUUAACACAAGGUUUGUCUUGAAGACACUUAUGACCAUUUGCCCCGGAACGGUGUUACUAGUUUUUAUGGUUUCCCUUUGGAUAAUUGCAAGCUGGACUUUAAGACAAUGUGAAAGGUUUCACGAUGAAGAACACGCUAAUCUACUGAAUGCAAUGUGGCUUAUUGCAAUUACGUUUCUCUCCGUCGGUUUUGGUGACAUUGUGCCAAACACGUAUUGCGGCAGAGGUAUUGCUGUUAGCACCGGCAUUAUGGGGGCUGGCUGUACAGCAUUAUUAGUGACCGUUGCUUCAAGAAAGUUAGAGUUAACUAGAGCGGAGAAACAUGUGCAUAACUUCAUGAUGGAAACGCAACUAACAAAAAAGUUAAAAAAUGCAGCAGCCAACGUGCUACGAGAAACGUGGUUAAUAUAUAAACACACAAGACUAGUCAAAAGAGUUCAUCCGGGGCGAGUCCGAACUCACCAGAGGAAGUUCUUGUUAGCCAUAUAUGCAUUACGAAAAGUUAAAAUGGAUCAAAGAAAGUUAAUGGAUAAUGCCAACACGAUAACAGACAUGGCAAAGGACCCCUUUCUUUUGCAGACCCAAAAUACUGUUUACGAAAUAGUAUCCGAUAUGAGCACAAGACAAGAUAGUAUAGAAGAGAGAUUAACCAGCUUAGAAGAAAAACUUACCGCCUUACAGGAACAAGUAAACAGCCUACCAGAUGUGGUGGCCAGGUGCUUGCAGCAGUGCUGGGAGCGGGCAGAGUCUCGCAAAAACUACCUGCAUCCAGACACUGCUGCGGCACCUACCCCACCCGCUAGCGCCAUAACCCCUCACGCCCGAACAUUAACGACAGCAUCACAUCCCUGGCCACCGAGCCCAAUCCUGCCGGGAGUCAGGACCCAUUCAGCCCCGGAGAGCACCGUGGCGCACUCCCCAGCGCCGACCAGCCCAGCGACUCACGGAGCCCGGCCUCCGCUACCCAGCUGAGUACCGCCUUCCAACUCCGAACUGUUGUGCUGAACUCGUCAAAACUCGGCGCCCCUCCUCUGACCCCCCUUAAUAUAACUACGACCAGAUGAUGGCGAAAGAAACAUAUCGUGGACCUCGAAAAUAGGAUAACUUUCAGUAUUGUGCUGCUCUUUUGGUGCUAAAUUAUCUUUUUAACCCAGAUCUCAGAUACCAGCACUUAACCAUGUUUACUACUUAGUGAUCUGAAUUGUAUC